UUGAAGAAAUGCCACAUGGCAGCAACCCAUUGCUCCUUACAAAUUUCAUGGUCCAUUUAUAUAAAUGAAAGUGAUACUCUAUCAAGACAGGAGAGCGUCCUAGAACUGCUUUGAUGGCUGGGAUUGCUACUUCUUGUUUAACUGUCUCUUCCAGAAGCAAGUUCCAGACAUGUUGGUUGGAAUACGGGACUCAUCGUGCAAGAGACAUCCCAAGGAAACUAAGUAAUAGCAGAGAGUUUGGGAUUAGAGCUGAAGUAAAUUAUGUCAGUGGAGAAGAAGCAAAGAAACUUGUAGCAGCUGAGGGAUAUGAGAUACUCGAUGUGCGGGACAGAACUCAAUAUGAUAGAGCUCAUAUAAAAUCGUGUUAUCAUGUGCCUCUAUUUAUUGAGAACAAAGACAAUGACUUGGGCACAAUCAUAAAAAGGACCGUUCACAACAAUUUUUCGGGUUUGUUCUUCGGAUUGGCAUUUACUAAACCCAAUCCUGAAUUUGUGGAAUCUGUAAAGAACCAGUUUUCACCCGACAGCAAAUUGUUGCUUGUUUGCCAGGAAGGGUUAAGGUCUACAGCGGCAGCCAACAAGUUAGAGCAAGCUGGUUUCCAAAAUGUGGCAUGCAUAACAUCAGGGCUUCAGUCUGUAAAACCAGGAACUUUUGAUUCUGAAGGUUCUAGUGAGUUACAAAAUGCUGGAAAAGGUGGUUUGGUCACAGUCCAAGGCAAGAUAUCAGCUGUACUUGGAACCGUACUAAUCUGUGCAUAUCUGUUCAUCACAUUCUUCCCAGAACAAGCAGAAAAAUUAUUUCAACUUGCCCCAGCAAGCUAAAUCCCAUGUCAGCACAUCCGGAGAAUGGUUAAAUGCUCAAAAUACUAGCUGCAUUAAAGUUCCUAAUAGAGAGAUAUCUCUGGCAAUCUGUAAGCAGAGAUGCAGCUAUUAGCCUUCAUUUGAAUGCACUUUGUGCAAUCAAAUUUGUAACCGAAAACAGCUUGCUUUCAUGCAAUUCUACUUCUGCUAAAUAGCCUUAUCGCCA